AUGAACAUGGAAGAUCAGUUUCCUAAAUUAGAAACUAGCUUCAUGCACGAAAAGCUCUUGUCUUCUGGAUUCUACGGGAUCUUGAGUUCUUCGACGCCACCACAACUUCUAGGUGUUCCUAUAAUCUUGGAAGGUAUGAAAUCUCCUUUUCCUUCUUCUUCGUCUCCGAGCUACUUUAUGUCCCCUCAUGAGCUCACUUCUUCUAUUCAAAAAUCUCCAGUAGCUUCUGUUCCUUGGAACUUUCUAGAUUAUUUUCCUCAAUCUCAACGUUCUGAUCAUCUUUCUAAACCCAAAAACCUUACCUUGUUCCUUAAAGAACCAAAGCUUCUAGAACUUUCUCAAUCCAACAGUAACAUGAUCCCUUACCAUAACUAUAUCCCCAACUCUCUCCACCAAUCAGUUCAAAACAGAAACGAGUGGGUAGAGAUCAAUAAAGCCCUAACCAAUUAUCCCUCAAAAGGGUUUGGAAACUAUUGGCUAAGCACCACGAAGACUCAGCCUAUGAAGCUUGCCGCAGGGACAAAAACAAGAAAAGUUGUUCAGACGACAACACCAACGAAGCUGUAUAGAGGAGUAAGGCAAAGACACUGGGGCAAAUGGGUCGCGGAGAUUAGGCUUCCAAGGAACAGAACUCGUGUUUGGCUCGGCACUUUUGAGACCGCUGAGCAAGCCGCAAUGGCUUAUGAUACCGCGGCUUAUAUCUUGCGUGGCGAAUACGCACACCUCAACUUUCCUGACCUAAAACACCAGCUCAAGUCCGGUUCCUUGCGUUCUAUGAUCGCCUCACUAUUGGAGUCAAAGAUUCAACAAAUCUCCUCUUCCCAAGUAGCAAGUUCGACCGCUAACUCUCCUUCUCCUUCUCCUUCUCCUCCCCUUCCCAGAGUGGGAACAUUAGUGCCCAAGAAUCACAUCACGAUGGAGUCAGGAGAAGUUGUGAUGAUGAAGAAACAGAAACUCCAAAAAGAAGUGAUGGAAGGAGAUGGUGUACAUGUACAAUUGAGUAGAAUGCCUUCUUUGGAUAUGGAUCUCAUUUGGGAUGCUCUUUCACUUCCUCAUUCUUCUUGA